GCUUCGGUUUGACACUCAUCAACUGUGGUAUUAUUCGAAAUGCUGGUGUCAAGUCGCUAAAGUCUGUCAUGCCUUUGAAUAUAAAAUGUAAUUUACAGUUGUUGAUAACGUCAAAAAGUUGUACUCCUUUAUUUUAAGCCAGUCGUUUUGAUAAGAAAGCGCGUACUCGUUUCUCGUAUAUUCAAGUCUUGCUUCUUAAGAAUGGAACUUCUUGCACUUUGAGCCUACCACCCAAGCAGAGAUGUUUCGCUGGAGAUGAACAAAUAAGUGGGGUGCGAAAGAAACGACUGUGGAAUGGAGGAGUUCAGGCAGAAGUACUUAUCCCUGUGUAAGGAAAAAGGUGUGGAACCCCAAAAAAGUAUCUUGGACAAACUGCAGGAUGGCCGCUCUUCCCGUCUGGAUGUGAGUGGUCUGAAUCUGUCAUCAGACACCUGCACGCUCCUUGCCCGUGCCUUUCAGGAAGACAUUUUCUUUACAGAGCUGUCUCUCAGUGACUGCAUGCUUGGUGAUGAAGGUGCCAAAGCUCUUCUCGCUGGUCUUUUUCACAAUACAUCGCUCAAAGUUUUGGAUUUAAAGGGAAACAACCUGAAAUCAUCAGGGGCUGAGAUUUUGGGAAAGCUGCUGGCACGAAACAAUACUCUGAUUCGGUUAGUGCUAGACUGGAAUGCACUCGGAGUGUGGGAUGAAGCCUUCACUAUCUUUUGCGAAGGUCUGGGUUCUAACAGUGCGCUUACACAUCUUGACCUGCGGAAUAAUCAGAUCAACCAUCAUGGAAUGUUGGCGCUUGCGCAGGCACUUAAACACAACAGCAACCUGAAAGCACUUGAUCUCAGGUGGAACAAUAUUGGUCUCCUUGGUGGCAGGUGUCUCCUGGAGGCUUUGAAGAGCAACCACAAUCUUGAGCAAUUGGACUUGGCGGGGAACAACAUACCAAGUGACACAUUCAAAGCUCUCGAGCAUAUUGUUGGUCGCAACACAGAUCAACGAUCCACUAUGAGAGAAAACCACAGCAGAACGCAGGUCCUCAGCAAGGAGAUUCAGAACCUGAAGCAAGAGAAGGGACGUCAGUUCCAAAACUUGAUGGUGACCAUUGACAGGCAAAGAGAGGAAAUGGGUAAAUCAAACAGGUCCACAAGUGUACAGAUCAGUCAACUCCAAGAAACCCUAGAUGAGAGGAAGUCAGCUGUAAAUUCCCUCACUGCGAGGUUGCAGAUGAUGGAGGCUGCCCUUGCUCUCUCUGAGCAGAAAAAUCACAGCCUGGCUGAGCUAAUAGCAAGACUGAAGGUUGAGAAGGAGCAACUCAUAGAGGCACAGAUCAGAGAGAGGAAAAAAGAACAUGAGGACAUUGUUUCCAGAGAAGGAAAGCUUAUCAGAGAAAUCCAAAACUUGACAGAAACCAAUGUGCAACUAAAAAAUAAGGUGGAGGAAGGGGAGCGCAAAUGCAAAUCCCUCCAGCAGCAGCUUUUUGAGAUCAAGCAGGACAUGACCAACACCACAGCUGAGCUGAAGCUUAAACUUGCACAGGCAGAAGACCACCUGGAAAUUGAGAAGCGAAGGUUCAAGCAAGGCCUUGAGGACAUGGAUAAUCUGCGACAAAGAGAGGUUGAACAUGUUAAUCGGCAUCGAGAGGAAAGUGAGAAAGCCCUACAGGAACGAAUCUUCAAAUUGGAAGGACAAAGAAUUCAACUAGAGGAGGACCUAAGUAAGGCUAAAGCAGCAUGUGUGGCAGAAAGAACCCAGGCAGAAGAGGAACUGAGUAAAGCUCGCUCUCAAGUGCGCCAGGAAGAGCAGGAACGCGUGCUAUCGUUGGAGGAGAAGCUUCGCUCAGUGCGUAACUCCUUGCAGGAGCUCCAGCUGCACUUCUCCCAACAGAAACAAAUCAUCGCUGAGCAGCAGUCCAAGAACUGUCAGCAGACCAUUGAGACAGAUUGCCUGCGACGCAGAAUAGAGGAGCUCCAGCAGGAGCUGUCCGGGAAGGACCAGGAGAAGGUGACCGAGGUGAACCGAGUGCGCUUAGAGCUACAGGAGCAAAUCGGUCACUUGGAAGCCGAAAGGAUCGCACAAGGAGGACUGAAAGAGAAGAUCAGCGCCCUCGAGAGGGAAAUUAAAGUACUGAGUAGUAAUCACCGAGAGGCGCUGCUCGACAAAGAUUCCGAGAUGUCUUCGAUGCUGGAGAAGCUUCGACUUAAAGAAGCAGAGAUCAAGAGGAUAAGGGACGAUGAAGCCCAAAGAACAACAUACCUACAGAAUGCCAUUCUCACAUACGUUCAAGGCUCGCCUCUGUCACAGUACAAUAGCGCCAAUAAGUGACUCGUUGAUUCCGAGCCAAUCCUGAGUGCUAAAUAUUUUGUCUGAAAAUCAAGGUGAUAUAAAAAUAUUAUUGUCACUGUUUAUCUGUCUCGUGAGGUCACAAGGGCUAAUAAUGUUUGUACAAUUUAAUGCUACUUGUCAUAUGAAAGUCACAUGCGAAGCUCUCUUGUGAUGUUUCAUAAAUAAAUCGGUCAGGGUGUGGAUACAUGUUUUUUUCCAAACGAGUCCACUAGAUAAUAGAUCUGUGUAUUUUAGAAAGAUGGAUAUGUUUAAGGCACUCCAAUUUUUUUUAAAUAAAAUUUUCUUGACUUUUCUGUGAACUUGAUCAUUUUUGAGUAUUGUAGCCUUUUUUUUAUUUAUUUAUUUUUUUAUUGUCAUUCAGGUAUUU